GAACCUUGGGCAAGCAUGCUCGUAGUGCUCAAUUUUUCAAGUAUAAAUGCAGGGUUUGGUUCAACUCUACGGCAGGGAAAUAUUACUCACCAUGAAUAUAUUCAGGUCGGCAAGGGACGAGAUGUCGGGCUCAACCAGAUUGCAUUAUUUGAAGGCAAAGUUGCUGGUGGUAAUGGUGAACAAGUUCUCAGUAGAGAUGUUUACAGGCUCGGCCAGCUCUUUGAUUUCUUUAGAAUGUUAUCGUUCUACUUUACAACUGUUGGAUUCUACUUCUGCACAAUGUUGACAGUGCUAAGUGUUUAUGCUUUUCUCUAUGGCAAGGCAUAUCUGGCGUUAUCUGGUGUUGGUGCCACUAUUGAGGAUAGAGCUGAUAUAUCAGACAAUGAUGCACUCAGUGCUGCUCUCAAUGCACAAUUUCUUUUUCAGAUUGGUGUCUUUACAGCGGUUCCCAUGAUUCUGGGUUUCAUUCUGGAACAAGGUUUCCUAAGGGCUGUUGUUAGUUUUGUCACUAUGCAGUUUCAGCUUUGCACUGUCUUCUUCACGUUCUCCCUGGGCACUAGGACACAUUACUUCGGUCGGACUAUCCUCCAUGGUGGUGCAAAAUAUCAUGCAACUGGUAGGGGGUUUGUCGUUAAACACAUCAAGUUUACUGAGAAUUACAGGCUCUACUCCCGCAGUCAUUUCGUAAAGGGCAUGGAAAUUGUGCUUCUGUUGGUGGUUUAUGCUGCUUAUGGCUACAACGAUGGUGCUUUAUCCUACAUACUUCUCACUGUUAGCAGUUGGUUCUUAGCUGUUUCUUGGCUUUUUGCUCCAUAUUUGUUUAAUCCAGCGGGAUUUGAAUGGCAGAAGACAGUGGAAGACUUCCGUGACUGGACCAACUGGCUCCUUUAUAGAGGUGGAAUUGGUGUUAAAGGGGAAGAAAGUUGGGAAGCCUGGUGGGAUGAGGAACUGGCUCAUAUUCGAACCUUUGGAGGGAGGGUGAUGGAGACCAUUCUUAGCUUACGAUUUUUUAUAUUCCAAUAUGGCAUUGUCUACAAGUUAGAUGUUCAGGGAACAAAUACAUCUUUAACGGUGUAUGGUUUUUCAUGGAUUGCGUUUGCUGUCAUCUUAGUCCUCUUCAAGGUGUUCACUUUCAGCCAGAAAAUAUCAGUUAAUUUUCAGUUGCUGCUGCGUUUCAUCCAAGGCCUAUCGUUUUUGCUUGCCGUUGCUGGUUUAGCAGCUGCGAUUGUAGUUACCGAUCUUACUGUCACAGAUGUUUUCGCAUGCAUCUUAGCAUUCAUACCCACUGGCUGGGGAAUUCUCUCGGUAGGUCUUCUUUUGUUCCACUACAUUGAUGACAGUUUGCGUGCAUGUUUGUUAGAGAGGGAAAUCACUGAUAUUAGAAUUUCAUCUCUUACUGUCAAAUAAGCAAAUAAAUUUCAA